UACGCACAUGUGUUCGCUUGAUAAAUAAAAUGUCAAGAGAUAGGGCCUACUGACUGACACGAAAAAGGCCUAGCGUAGUGAUCGUGUUGAAAUUUAAGUUGCCUUUUGAAAAGAAUCAAGAUAUUGAAUUAAGCAGUCAUCCAAAUUAAUUGUCACCAUGCCUGAACCAGCGGUGGAUAGCAUUGAAGAUCGCAUUCGGAAGUUUAUGCUUUCAAAGAGGGUAAGAGUGGCUGAAUUCUUCAAGGAUUUUGACAAUCUUCGGAGUGGAUGUGUCACCGCAUCCCAGUUCAAGAGAUGUCUGGAUCAGGGUUUUUCAUCAAUUUUGGCCGAGGCAGAAGAGGAAUUGCUGAUAGAGAAAUUCAAGGAGAAGGACGGCAUGGUCAACUACAAGAGAUUUGCUGAUGUUAUUGAGUGUACUUUUCAGCCAAACAACCUCAGAGUUGAACCAAAAUCACAGACUAUUGAACCAGAUGAAUUUCUGGGUACAACUCGCUCCAUCCGUCCACUUAGUCCAGCAUCCGUGCAGAAGGUCAACACCAUCAUUGAGAGAAUUGCGCCUUACUACAAAUACCAUGGCAUCAACAUUAGUUCCAGCUACACAGAUUUUGAUAGGCAUCAUAUUGGCACCGUAACUGACAGCCAGUUUGCUAGGAGUUUCCCUAGACCACCUGGCCUUGAGGAUGAAGAAGUAAAUCUCUUGAUUCGUCGCUACCUGGACCCUAACACCUCUAAUCUUUGUAACUAUCUCAACUUCCACAAUGAUGUGGAAGCAGCCAAGGAGAGACUUGUGGAGAAUUUGUUUGAUCCAUUGCCUGAAAACAAUUACAACAUUCCCAGAGUGGAGAAAGCUGAUGAUGAACUGAAGGAGCUCUUCAAGCGAAUACAGAUUGCAGUCCACAAACAUGGCAUCCGGACCACAGAGUUCUUCUGUGACCACGACAAACUCCGCAGUGGAAUAAUUACAGAGAACCAGUUCCAGUGUGGUCUGAUGCUGUGCGUUGGCAAGGAGGCUGGGCUUACCAGAGGGGAGGUACAACGCCUUGCUGACUAUUACAAGCAACCAGACAGCCGAGUGAGAUACAAGGAAUUCUGCCACCUCAUGGAAAAUGCAUUUAAUGAACCCCAUCUGGAGAAGAAGCCAGAGACUCGUGUCUACCGCCCCCCUCAGGGUCAUCUGUCCCGCUCACUCAACCCACUCAACCAACAAGAAGAAGCUCGAGUUGCUAAGAUACUUGAUGAGUUGGCGUCCACCGUCCAGAGACGAAGACUCAUGUGCUUUCCUCACUUCAAAGAUUAUGAUCGAAGCAAAGCCUACACACGCAACGUCACUCCAUCCCAGUUCCGUCGUAUCUUGCAUUUCUUGGGCAUCAAUGUGGAAUCAGAAGAUUUCAAGCUGCUCUGCCGUAAGUUUGAAGAGCCCAGGGGAGGUGACGUUAACUAUCCAGCCUUCGUCCAAGCAAUCGAUAAAGACUUCAUUGGUUUUACAAUGGAUUCUGAUCAUCCAGUUGAGAAGGAACGACCCAGGACACCGUAUGACCAGAAACCCAUCGAUACAUCUAACGUCAAUAUCACAGAGUUGUUGAAGAGAAUCCGCCAUGAUGUCUUAGUUAACAGAGUCAGGGUCUGCGAGUACUUUCAAGAUUUUGACCCCCUUCGAGAGCAUUCUAUUCCUCGUAGCCAGUUCACCAUGGGCCUGACAGCCAUGGGGCAACAGACCUUGAGCAGAGAAGAAUCUAAGGCUCUCUGUGACUACUACACUAACCCUCAGAAUCCGCUCCACGUCCAGUGGAAGAAAUUUGAGAAGGACAUUGAAAGUGUUUUCACUCAGGUGGAGCCUGAUUUGGAGAAGACGCCCACCAAUCAAGUCCCGCCCCUGGAGUCCUUCCUAGUAGAGAAGCAGGGUACCGUAGACUGGGCCCAGGCUACCCCAGAGCAGACUACUAUUGUUGACCAGGCCAUGGACCGUAUGCGACAGCGUAGCAAUCAGCGUCGUAUUCACUCUAAGCCAUGCUUCCAGGACUACGAUCUCCACAACAUAGGCGUGGUCACCAAGCAGCAAUUCCGUCAAUGCCUGACAUUCCUGGGUCUGAAUGCCUCCGAGAUGGAGAUGGAGCUACUGGAGCUGAAGUACUCCAAUACCAUGGGGUUUAACUACCUGCGGUUCCUGGAUGACCUACAGCCACGAGACAAGCAAGAUCUGAAGUACACCCAGCGUCUGGAGGAACUGCGAUUGGUCAACUCUAAGAGUGUGUCUUUGGAGAAAAACCCACUUACAGACUUUGAAGAGAUCAUGAAGAAAAUUAAGAUUAAGGUCAGCAGAGAGAGGAUGAGAGUGUUGGAGUUUAUCCGUGAUUAUGACAAGCUCCGAACGGGUCGUAUGCUCAAAACAACCUUCCGCCGAGCUCUGGAUUUAGCUCACCUUGAGUUGCAAGCUUCAGAGGUUGACAUCCUUCAACAAAAUUACGAGUAUCCACGUGAUCCAGCCUAUGUUGAAUAUGUUCCAUUCUGUGAUGAGAUUGAAAGCAUCUUCACCCUGAAGCAUCUUGAGAAGGCUCCACAGGUUAAACCCAUCCAAUUCAAGCCUCCAGUCGAGGUGGAUCAGAAUGUCUUGGACAAAGAUUCUGAGAUCAUCUUACAAAGGACUCUUGCCAGACUCGCUGAACAGGUGAGAAAGUCCAACAUGCAGAUGUAUACAUUGUUUGAGGACUAUGAUCGUGUGCACAAUGGCACUGUGUCACAGUCCCAGUUCCGUCGAGUCCUGAGCGAGCUAGAGCUGGGCUCACUGGUUAAUGAGACUGAAUUUCAGGUGCUCUACAAGAAAUUUGAUGUCAAGGUAGGAGGAAAGGAUGACAUCAACUACAUCGCAUUCUGCGACACCAUCUACCAAAUGGCAAAGAUAGAGUUGUUCAGGCCUUAAGUUUUGCAACAUACAGUUCAAACAAACUGGAUACUGCUUAUGUAAAUAAAAACAAAUGUAAUCAGGGUUCAGGGGCAGGAAUGAGAGGCCGAGUUGUCAGGAAGGGGGGGAGGAACUCUGGAUUUAUUUCAGUUACUUUGCUCACUGGUUUUCUACUUGGUAAUGACUUGGUGGCCAUGAGAAGGGGGAUUUUAUCAAAGGAUACGAGCAUUCAGAUAUAUCCCAUACUACUGUCGUUCACGGUCACAGUGAAAAGAAGAAUGCUUGUAUUUAAUCUGCUAAUUACUUUUUGCAGAUUCUCAGUUUAUUGAUAAAUUUUACUUUAUUAUUUGAGUAUCCUGUGUUUCAUAUUUUCAAGCACUGUAAAAAGAAUGGUCAAGUACAUGAAAUUAUAUCUGAAUUUUGGGAACAUUUUAUCUCCCAUGGUUUCAUAAUUUUCUGUCAUAAAAGUUUGUCAGAAAGUUUUCUUGUUUCCGAAACAUGUAAAAAGAGCUACAUUGGAUUUAUAGAGCUGCGUUUCACUUUGCAGAUACAUGUAUUGAACCUGAUGUAAUGAUAAAACUUGUAUUGAUACUAAAAACUAUUAUUUUUUUAGAAAAUUAGUGUUAAUGCAUUAAGUGAAACAUCAAAAUGGGAAAGCAACUUAGAAGUUACAGCAAAAACCAUCCAAGUCCCAGCCGUAACUUUUCAAGUAACUUAAUACGGUCUCAUUCGUAUUUCUUCCUCCACAAACAUUUACAAAUAUGAUUUGUAAUUUGAAAAUAAUUUUCUAAUAAAAAUACACUGAUGAAAGGGAAUCCAGUUAGGCUGCCUGUAGUCUUGUGGGCCUCUUACAUCAAUUUUCCCUAAUUUUGAUAAAUUUGUGAUGUAAAUAAUUACAAAAAUAUGCGUGGAAUAUAACACCGCAUGAUAUUGUGACUAGGUCAUGCCGAAAUACUGGGGUUUCGCCUGUUGUAAAUAAUUUAUGAGCAUUUGAGUUUGUUUUUGAGUAGUUGUCUCCCUUGUUUUUUGUUUUUAGUCUUAAUAAAAGUGUACAGGAAGUCAAACCGACAUGAAUAAAUGUCAUGCAGAAACUUGAUAAGAAGUA